CGGAGCGACAAGAGAGCAGCGAGGUGUUGGACUGGAGGCUGGUUUCUCUGCUGUCCCUGCUGAAAGAAGAAUAUCUGAUUUAGGAAACGUUCUUCUUUGCCAAUUCAACUGUCAUAGCUCUUCGGGGGAAUAAAAUGGAGGGUCCCCUGCCCCUGUCCUCGCUGAGGCUCCUGGUUCCACCCCUGCGAGUGAUGUCGGCUGUCAUGUGGAAUGUGGUUCGUGUGAGGAACAUCAGGAAUUAUGGGAAAGUGGAGGAGUUUGUGUCCUUGGUAACUGAAGCCAUCCCUGACAUCUUGACAGACAGGCAGAUGAGAUUGCUCACUCUGGGCUUAAGAGCAAAGAUGACGUUGCAGAUGUUAAGUUCUGAACAGUCAGAGGAUCUCAGCGGUGUUAAAACUCGCUUGAACGGUCUCCUGCCAUCUAGCCCAAAACAGGUUCUUCCAGGAAGUGAAGCUCUUGAAGCCAACUUUGUCAGGCUUGUUGAAAAACUCCUGGAGAACCCAAAAGGGAGAGAGCACUUCCUCAAAAAUGUGUUUCCUGUGGAGUAUGGGCCUGACUUUGACACAGCUCUGGAGGCACUGCUUUGUGAGUUCUUCACCAGACUGGAAGGUUUGCUGCUUAUACCAGACUUUAAACAGACUGCAGUGUGGAUCAGUGAUACACCCUCUGUGCUAGAAGAGCACAUGCAGUGUGUCCCCAAAGCAGAUGACCUCAAGGUACUGCUCAGAAGCAAGGCCCACUGCGGUAAAAUGGCCAAGAUGGAUACCAGUGCGCCAUCCCCCUCGGAGCAGCGGCUCUUCUCAUCACUGUCCCUCCAUCCUUCACUGCAGGAGACUAAUGCCAAAGAUGUGGAAACUAACACAGAAGCAUUAAAUAAACAAAAAGAAUCUGAGGGGUUUUGUCUUCCUGAGGCGGGAGAUAUCGGGAUACAGAAUGCAAAACAGCCUUCUGAGGAGGAAGCAAACCUCCUGGACAGCAGCAGUGAAGAACAAACAGCAGGAGGGAAAUACAGUGACAGCAUUGCUGAUGUUCACACUGUAGAGGACGAUGAUGACCAAGCUUCCGCUACCUGCCAAGCUCCCUCUGUAUCUACUGAGAGCCCCAUAUCGUCCAGCUCAAUGAUUGGCCCUCCACGGCAGAGAGUUGCACACAAAUGCACUCAGUGUGGGAAGUGCUUCAUUUACCGCUAUGAACUCCUGGAGCAUCAGAGGCUGCACACUGGAGAAAACCCUUACAAGUGCACUCAGUGCGGAAAGGCCUUUAGGAGGACCUCUGACCUGUCAACUCACAGGCGGACACAGUGCAUAAAAGCAGCUUAUAUUUGCAUCAAAUGUGGGAAUAGUUUUCAGUCUAUACAGGACAGAUUUAGACACCAGUGUGUUCAUAGUGUCCAGAAGUUUGACUGUCCUCAGUGCGGAAAAAGCUUUAAGAAAAUGCACUUGCUCAGUAAGCACGAGCUGACGCACACCCAAAAUCGCAUCUUCAAGUGCAGACAGUGUGGGGAAGUGUACCCCAGUAUGAGCGAGCUGAGAUCCCACCAGAGGAUUCACCCUCCCGAGCUGUCCAAUCAAUGCAUGCAGUGCGGGAAGUUUUUCAGCUCUGUUGCCUGUUUGACAGCCCAUGAGCUGCGUCACAGGCAACAGAGGACACAGAUCUGUGUGCGCUGUGGCAAAGCGUUCAAGAACAAACACGACCUGAAUCUUCACAUGCGUAGUCACACAGGCGAGAGGCCGUUUCAGUGCACAUUCUGUGGCAAACGUUUCUCCGUGUCAGGAAACCUGAACAUACACAUCAGGACCCACACUGGAGAGAAACCAUAUCUGUGCUCCGACUGCGGCAAGGCUUUUGUUUCAGCUGGCGAGUUGCAGAUACACCGGCGCACGCACACUGGGGAGAAGCCAUACAAGUGCACUGUAUGUGGGAGAGGAUUCACCAUGGCGAGCAAAGUGACACUUCAUAUGCGCGUUCACACCGGGGAGCGGCCUUAUGUCUGCUCUGAAUGUGGGAAGGGUUUUUCACGUAGCAGCGAGUUGAAAAAACACACUAUGAACCACACAGGAGUUCGACCCUAUGCUUGUCAUCUGUGUGCAAAGACUUACACAUGCCUCAAUCACCUGAAGAGACACUUGAAAACUCACAGUGUAGUGCAGAACCAGUCUGUCUAAAUCCAUCCAUGACCAUAUGGCAUUUUUUUAAAUGAAUGUUGUAUUUAUGCAGCUAGCCUGUACUGAUUGUAGUGCUGACUUAAUGCACUGUGUUAUAGGUGUCACACUCACCCUCUGUUGUAUGGACUAUGUUGCUGAAGUUCUUGUUUUUACUGACUGAAUCUUUAUCCUGCGUUGUGAGAUCUGUUCUGAUUGUAUCCUCUAAAAUGGUUCAAGUGCAACUUCUGGGCAUUUCAUCUAUGGUUUUUUUUCUUAUCUGAAGUCAUAAAACAUGUUAAAAUGGUCUCUGAGAACACAUACAAAAACAAACAAUAAAUCCAAUGUAGGCUAUAAAAGU